AUGGCACCACAAACAAAGAGAAAGAUAUGUGUUAUGGGUUUCAGAGCUGUUGGCAAAUCAACUAUUACUAUUCAGUAUGUUGAUAAGCAUUGCCCGGAUACUUAUAAUCCAACGAUUGAAAAUACCUUUCAGAAAGUAAUAAAGCUAGGGAGCCGUGAAUACUCUACUGAAAUUAUAGAUACUGCUGGUCAGGAUGAAUAUUCGAUUUUACAAAAGCAAUAUUCAGUUGGUAUACAUGGAUAUAUUUUAGUGUAUAGCGUGACAUCUGCCUCUUCAUUAGAGGUUGUAAAAGUUUUAAAUGACAAGAUUUUGAAUGCUUUGGGUACAGAGAAGAUCCCAAGGGUUUUGGUUGGAAAUAAAUCGGAUUUAGAAGGUGAAAGACAAAUUAGUAAAGAGGAAGCACAGAGUCUAGCUAACAAGUGGGAAUGUGCAUUUUGCGAGUGCUCUGGAAAGAACAAUGUUAAUGUCGAAGAGGUGUUUAAACUGAUGUUACAAGAGAUCGAUAAAAGUCAGCAACCAGAGCAACAACAAAACUCUGGUUUAACAAUUAAAUAA